ACGUGGCGUGGGCGGGGCGCCGCCGUUGCCGGGGUGCGGAGUGACGGCUGCGGGCGAGGCGGUGAGUCAGAGGAGGGCCGCCGCCGAGGCUGAGGUGCGGAGCGGAGCCGCCCACUGUCUUCCGCGCGGCGCCGGGCGGCUGUGGCGAGGUCUCGGCCGCGAGUCUCUCCGCCGUCCGUCUCCUUGUCCCCGCCGCGCGCUCUCCGCCUGCUCGCGGCCCGGCGCGGCCAUGUCGGGGAUGCUGGGGAAGCUGUUCGGGACGGGCGGCAAGGGCGCCGGCAAGGGCCCGACCCCGCAGGAGGCCAUCCAGCGGCUCCGCGACACCGAGGAGAUGCUCAGCAAGAAGCAGGAGUUCCUGGAGAAGAAGAUCGAGCAGGAGCUGGUGGCGGCCCGCAAGCACGGCACCAAGAACAAGCGGGCUGCUCUUCAAGCCCUAAAACGCAAGAAGAGGUACGAGAAGCAGCUUGCACAGAUAGAUGGCACGUUAUCAACAAUUGAAUUCCAGAGGGAAGCCCUUGAAAAUGCCAACACCAAUACUGAAGUGCUCAAGAAUAUGGGCUUGGCUGCUAAAGCUAUGAAAGCUGCUCAUGACAACAUGGAUAUUGAUAAAGUAGAUGAAUUGAUGCAGGAUAUUGCAGAACAACAGGAGCUGGCAGAUGAAAUUUCAACAGCUAUUUCAAAGCCUGUAGGAUUUGGGGAAGAUUUUGAUGAGGAUGAACUGAUGGCAGAAUUGGAGGAACUAGAACAGGAAGAAUUAGACAAAAACCUGCUGGAGAUCAGUGGUCCCGAGACAGUACCACUACCAAACGUGCCCUCAAUAGCAAUACCAUCAAAGCCAGGAAGUUUAACUCUGGCUGGCUUUUAAAAUGGCACAUAAGUCUUGUAACUGAAAACCACAUGUGGCAUAUUUGCUCUUCUAUGGGACCUAGUGCCUUGUGCAGUCCAGAGCAACAUGUCCAGGUGAAGCAGGACAUUAUGGGGUUACAUCAAGGUAUCUGCUCCUCACUCUUCACACUCUCUUUAUGCUACAGCCAAGAAGAAAGAAGAGGAGGAUGAUGAUGACAUGAAAGAGUUGGAAGCAUGGGCUGGAAACAUGUAACUACAACAGCAACGAUUUGGAAAAACAAAAUAGACUUUGGCCACCUGUUCUGGGUGCACAUGUAGUGUGAUGGGGACAAAACAUUCAGCAAAAUGUCUUUUAUCUCUUUAAUCUUAACCCAAAGCAGUGGGCACUGCAUCGCUGUACUCUGCAUAGCAUGGUCUGCACAAAGAAAACAAAGGGGGUCGGGGAAAGUUGCUUGCAGUUGAUGUUGAAUUUCUGUAAAAUAAAAUGUAUUUGCAAAAUCCAACGUUCAGCUUCUGGACUAUGCUAAUGCCACUGCUGAAUCUUCAUCUUCUAGAGUUUUGGGAGUAUUGAAUCUAAAUGACCUGAAAUGCAGCCUGUAAUUUUAAGUCAGUUGAAAGUGUGUCUAGAAGUCUUGUAAGGCAUUUAAAAAGGAAAAGUUAUAAGCCACCAUCGGCUUCUCAUGUUUAGGUAUAAGAAUGCAUUAGGUUUUUAGUUCUUUGCACUCUGUAUUUAUUUCUUUUGACUGUGUGAUCACCUUCUAUCACUGCACUGACCUAGUCACUGUUCCCAUUUUUAAUUAGUGAAACUGAUUUGAAAUUGAUAAACGCGACCUUGGAAGGAAGGGAGAUUUACACUUAAAACCCAGCUGUACAUUUUUUUUUCUAUGUAGCAGUGCAGUGUUCAUUGCUAUUUGUGAUAACUGAUAACCCAUUCAGAUACAUGCAUACAUCUAUUUUACUUAAGAAGCUAUGGUUUGCACUGUAUUAAAUAUCUUGAUUAAUUUUCA